GUCUCGCAUUGCCGGGGUCAUGGCUCACGAGAAGGCUCGCACCACCAGCUUCGCCUUCCCUUCCCUGCAAGGUCAGGGUCAGGGUAUGGGUGGGAUUCGCAGGGAGUUCAAGGACACGCCGGCCGUCCUGGGCGUCGCCCUCCCAUCGGAUCCCCUUUUGGCCGGCAACUUCAUCAGCAAGGAUCCUAUGGAUGUCGGCGUCCAAUGCGGUCCUCUCACGUCGCUCCACACGAUGAACACAGACCGAGCCGAGCUGGUGAACGGCGGGAUGAACCACACGGAAGGCGGAUGGCCGAAGGACAUCAACCCCAACGAACUCGACCACACGGCACGAUUCAGGAAGAAGAUCGAAAAGGACGAAACCUUCCUCCGCGCCAUCAAGGACCUCGGCCACUCCACGAUACACUGCAUUCGGCAGAACAACGCCGUGGACAUCUACGAGGAAUACUUUCUGGACCUGGAAACGGAGGGGAUGCCCUCGGCGUGGGUCGUGAACGUGUUCCGCGACCCGACCGCGGCCGUCGCGGCGACGGGGAAGAGGACCGUCUGCAAAAUCUCUUGGUCUCCGGAUCGGAGUCACAAGUUGGCGGCUGCCUACGCGAGCAUUCAGUUCCAAGGAAACACUCCGGAAUUACCCAUGAAUUCCUUCAUCUGGGAUGUUGAGAACCCGAUUCAGCCGGACCUGCGACUCGAGCCCAAGAGCCACCUCGUAUCCCUGGAAUACAACCCCAGAGACGGGAAUCUUCUCCUCGGGGGGCAGUUCAAGGGUCAGCUCGGCGUCUGGGACGUGAGGCGGGGAUCGGCUGCCGUGGAAAUGACCCCGAUGGAUCGGAGUCACAAGGACCCUGUGUAUUCCGCCUUGUGGAUUCAUUCGAAGAGCAGCGUCGAGUGCUUCUCCGCCUCCACCGACGGACAAGUGCUUUGGUGGGACAUCCGGAGGCUGUCGGAGCCCCUAGAAAGUCUCAUCCUGGACUUGAGGAAAGGCGGAGUGAUGGAAAUGGAGAAAGCACUGGGAGCAUCCUGCCUUGAAUACGAACCCACCAUGCCGACCAGGUUCAUGGUCGGCACUGAACAAGGGAAGGUGAUAAUGUGCAACCGGAAGGCUAAGAAUGCCUCGGAGAAGUUGGUGGGAUCGUACCAGGCCCACGUGGGACCUGUCUAUGCAGUUCAGAGGAAUCCUGUCUUUCUCAAACACUUCCUCACUAUCGGAGAUCGCGGUGUAAAGAUCUGGGCCGAGGAUGUCAAGGACUCACCUAUCCUUUGGACUAGGCCAGGGAGGGCGUUUGUGGUGGAUGGCUGUUGGAGCAUGUCUCGACCGUCCACAUUCUAUACCGUGAGUCACCUGGGGAUCAUGGAAGCUUGGGACAUCCUCGCCUACCAUCACAAACCCAUUCUCAAGCUCCAGGUAUGUGACGAGGGUCUCCAGACGAUGAGGCAGAAGGACUCUGGUGCCCUGGUGGCCGUGGGUUCCCUCCACGGUCACAUCUCCCUCAUUCGCGUCUCGGAGGCACUCCUUCAUAUCACCAAGAACGAUCGAUCUUCGCUCACUUCCCUGCUGGAAAGGGAGACACACCGCGAGAAGUUGCUGGAACAGCGGGUAAAGGAGCAGAGGGUGAAGGAACGGAGUGCAGCUGGAGCUCGCCCUGGCACCUCCAUGGCCAUGACCCAGCAGGAUCAAGACGAAGAACGCAUCCAGGAACUCGUCCGACAAACCGAGAUCGAGUACAUGGAAGCCGUCCAAAAGGAGCUGGAGAAGCGUCCGCUGAAGGAAGACGAAGCUCUGGCUCUACUGGAAGCCUUGGAUUCGCCGACUGCAAGUAUUGCAGUGGGGAGAGAGAGCCCGGAGUCCUCGGAUUCUUCCAUGCAGCUAGAUCGCUGAAUCCGUUAUCCGUUAUAAUCGAAUCCGCUAUUCUCGUUAUAGACAUCUCGUUGUUAUGUUUACACCUACUGCGAGUAGCUAUUAACGUCAUUUAAGUUCUUCGUAAAUUACCCUGUCCUGAUUC